AUGCAGCUCAACCUUCUGCUCAAUGAGCCCGACCAGCCACCGUUUGAGGCGCAGAGCUCUAACUUCACGUCAGACCACAACCACCUUUGCUCCCGUCGCCACCACCCCAGGUCCCGCAGUCAUCUCAACCUUCUGCUCAAUGAGCCCGACCAGCCACCGUUUGAGGCGCAGAGCUCUAACUUCACGUCAGACCACAACCACCUUUGCUCCCGUCGCCACCACCCCAGGUCCCGCAGUCAUCUCAACCUUCUGCUCAAUGAGCCCGACCAGCCACCGUUUGAGGCGCAGAGCUCUAACUUCACGUCAGACCACAACCACCUUUGCUCCCAUCGCCACCACCCCAGGUCCUGCAGUCAUCUCAACCUUCUGCUCAAUGAGCCCGACCAGCCACCGUUUAAGGCGCAGAGCUCUAACUUCACGUCAGACCACAACCACCUUUGCUCCCAUCGCCACCACCCCAGGUCCCGCAGUCAUCUCAACCUUCUGCUCAAUGAGCCCGACCAGCCACCGUUUGAGGCGCAGAGCUCUAACUUCACGUCAGACCACAACCACCUUUGCUCCCAUCGCCACCACCCCAGGUCCCGCAGUCAUCUCAACCUUCUGCUCAAUGAGCCCGACCAGCCACCGUUUGAGGCGCAGAGCUCUAACUUCACGAGCAAUGGCACAGUUAUCCUGGCUAAUGUUGUGUAUGUCUACCGGGAGGGAGACAUUAACACACCCAGUGGCUUCCUGGCUGAGAUACUCAAAGUUAGCGGUCUCUUAAAUACCACCACAACUACCACUGCAAAUCCCACCACUACGAAGCCCACCACUACAAAGCCUGCCACUACAGAGCCGAUCACUGUCAUGCCCACUGUCCUAAAUACUACGGUGUUUGGAAACAGCACUGACUCUGGAGGUUUCCCUGGUUGGGCCUUAGCCAUCAUCAUCCCCUGUGGUAUUGCCAUCAUCCUCGUCCCUCUGUGGAUCCUCCUUUGUGAAGUUGUGCGGAGAAUGCAUAACGCUGAAAACAACGUGCUCAGAUAUGAUCCACAGACAAAUAUACAGGAGUAUUCCAGUCUGGAUACACCUCUUCUCAUGCAGUGUAAGUACCGGCACCCACUCCCUCUGGUCCUGUCCGCUAUAGAGCAGCUUCGGGGGGCUCAAUAUUUCACCAAGUUGGACCUCCGAUGCGUCCUCAAUCUGAUCCAUAUCCGGGAAGGAAACGAGUGGAAGACAGCCUUUAGUACCACCUCCGGCCAUUAUGAAUAUCUGGUGAUGCCGUUUGGGUUGGUGAACGCACCCUCUGUCUUCCAGGCCAUGGUGAACAAUGUCCUGAGGGACAUGCUGGGGAGAUUUGUCAUUGCUUACACAGACAAUAUUCUUAUCUACUCUGCCACUCUCCCUGAGCAUGUCGCACACGUUCACCUGGUCUUGGCUUGUCUACUUAAACACCAGCUCUAUGUGAAGGCAGAGAAGUACGUGUUUCAUCAAACCACUGUCUCUUUUCUGGGACACGUGAUCAAACCGGAGGGAGCUAGAAUGGAGGAGAAAAAGAUCAAAGCGGUGGCAGAAUGGCCAGAGCCCACAUCAGUGAAAGAACUCCAACGUUUUACGGGCUUCGCCAACUUCCAAGAAACUGGGAGUCACAGUAAGCCUCACCUUCACCCAGAGUCGAAUGGCCAGGCUGAGCUGCCGAUCCAGGGCCCGGGGAGGUUUUUACACAGCUAUUGCCACCGCUGCCAGCAUGACUGGUCCCAGUUCUUGCUAUGGGGCGAAUACGCUCAGAAUUCCCUGCACCACUCAUCCACCGGUUUGACCCCUUUCCAAUGCAUGCUCGGGUAUCAGCCUCCCCUGUGUCCCUGGAACCCAAGCAAAAUCAAAGCUCCAGCGGUGGAUGCUUGGUUUCGGCGGGUGGAGAAAGAUGCACCACGUCCCGCGCUGGAUAUCAAUUGCACACCAGCUUACGCAGUGAGCACUCUAUUAGACUUCGGACGCCGCCAGGGACGCAUGCAGUAUCUAGUGGACUGGGAGGGGUUUGGCCCCAAGGAGCUAAACUGGGUCCCUUUCUCGGACAUCCUGGACUCUAAUCUCAUCAUUGAUUUCCAUCAAGCCCACCCAGAUCGCCCAGCUCCUCACCCCCAGGGAUGGGGUGAGGGGGUACUUGUUGCUCUACUGCACGACAAUGACGGCUGCACAGUCAUCAUCCACUUUGUCCUCAAACACUUCCCCAGAAGAACCCAUAACUACUGCACGAACACAAACAGUCACGACUAUUCCAACAACAACUGCAUCAACCUCUACUACACGCCAAACGAGUACCCUUCCAGAAACUACAACAGUCCAACAACAACUGCAUCAACCUCUACUACACCCCAAACGAGUACCCUUCCAGAAACUACAACAGUGCAACCUACAACAACUGCACUAACCUCAACUACAGAGCCAGCUACUACAGCUCCGACUACAACGCCCUUCCCCAGCACAACAACAACUACUUCAGCAACAACCACGGUAGCACAAACAACUACACCACUGCCUACAACAACUGCAUCUUCAACAACAACAUCCUUACCAACAACAACCAGUCCAACAACAACAUUCAACCCAACUACCACUCCAGUUCCAACAACAACUUCACCACAAACAACAACCACUUCUCCAUCCACAACUUUGAGCCCCACAACAACUCCCAUCACAACAUCUACUCCAACAACAACUGCAUCAACCUCUACUACACCCCAAACGAGUACCCUUCCAGAAACUACAACAGUGCAACCUACAACAACUGCACUAACCUCAACUACAGAAGCAGCUACUACAGCUCCGACUACAACGCCCUUCCCCAGCACAACAACAACUACUUCAGCAACAACCACGGCAGCACAAACAACUACACCACUGCCUACAACAACUGCAUCUUCAACAACAACAUCCUUACCAACAACAACUAGUCCAACAACAACAUUCAACCCAACUACCACUCCAGUUCCAACAACAACUUCACCACAAACAACAACCACUUCUCCAUCCACAACUUUGAGCCCCACAACAACUCCCAUCACAACAUCUACUCCAACAACAACUGCAUCAACCUCUACUACACCCCAAACGAGUACCCUUCCAGAAACUACAACAGUGCAACCUACAACAACUGCACUAACCUCAACUACAGAGCCAGCUACUACAGCUCCGACUACAACGCCCUUCCCCAGCACAACAACAACUACUUCAGCAACAACCACGGUAGCACAAACAACUACACCACUGCCUACAACAACUGCAUCUUCAACAACAACAUCCUUACCAACAACAACCAGUCCAACAACAACAUUCAACCCAACUACCACUCCAGUUCCAACAACAACUUCACCACAAACAACAACCACUUCUCCAUCCACAACUUUGAGCCCCACAACAACUCCCAUCACAACAUCUACUCCAACAACAACUGCAUCAACCUCUACUACACCCCAAACGAGUACCCUUCCAGAAACUACAACAGUGCAACCUACAACAACUGCACUAACCUCAACUACAGAAGCAGCUACUACAGCUCCGACUACAACGCCCUUCCCCAGCACAACAACAACUACUUCAGCAACAACCACGGCAGCACAAACAACUACACCACUGCCUACAACAACUGCAUCUUCAACAACAACAUCCUUACCAACAACAACCAGUCCAACAACAACAUUCAACCCAACUACCACUCCAGUUCCAACAACAACUUCACCACAAACAACAACCACUUCUCCAUCCACAACUUUGAGCCCCACAACAACUCCCAUCACAACAUCUACUCCAACAACAACUGCAUCAACCUCUACUACGCCCCAAACGAGUACCCUUCCAGAAACUACAACAGUGCAACCUACAACAACUGCAUUAACCUCAACUACAGAGCCAGCUACUACGGCUCCGACUACAACGCCCUUCCCCAGCACAACAACAACUACUUCAGCAACAACCACGGUAGCACAAACAACUACACCACUGCCUACAACAACUGCAUCUUCAACAACAACAUCCUUACCAACAACAACCAGUCCAACAACAACAUUCAACCCAACUACCACUCCAGUUCCAACAACAACUUCACCACAAACAACAACCACUUCUCCAUCCACAACUUUGAGCCCCACAACAACUCCCAUCACAACAUAUACUCCAACAACAACUGCAUCAACCUCUACUACACCCCAAACGAGUACCCUUCCAGAAACUACAACAGAGCAACCUACAACAACUGCACUAACCUCAACUACAGAGCCAACUACUACAGCUCCGACUACAACGCCUUUCCCCAGCACAACAACAACUACUUCAGCAACAACCACGGUAGCACAAACAACUACACCACUGCCUACAACAACUGCAUCUUCAACAACAACAUCCUUACCAACAACAACUAGUCCAACAACAACAUUCAACCCAACUACCACUCCAGUUCCAACAACAACUUCGCCACAAACAACAACCACUUCUCCAUCCACAACUUUGAGCCCCACAACAACUCCCAUCACAACAUCUACUCCAACAACAACUGCAUCAACCUCUACUACACCCCAAACGACUACAGAGCCAGCUACUACAGCUCCGACUACAACGCCCUUCCCCAGCACAACAACAACUACUUCAGCAACAACCACGGUAGCACAAACAACUACACCACUGCCUACAACAACUGCAUCUUCAACAACAACAUCCUUACCAACAACAACCAGUCCAACAACAACAUUCAACCCAACUACCACUCCAGUUCCAACAACAACUUCACCACAAACAACAACCACUUCUCCAUCCACAACUUUGAGCCCCACAACAACUCCCAUCACAACAUCUACUCCAACAACAACUGCAUCAACCUCUACUACACCCCAAACGAGUACCCUUCCAGAAACUACAACAGUGCAACCUACAACAACUGCACUAACCUCAACUACAGAGCCAGCUACUACAGCUCCGACUACAACGCCCUUCCCCAGCACAACAACAACUACUUCAGCAACAACCACGGUAGCACAAACAACUACACCACUGCCUACAACAACUGCAUCUUCAACAACAACAUCCUUACCAACAACAACCAGUCCAACAACAACAUUCAACCCAACUACCACUCCAGUUCCAACAACAACUUCACCACAAACAACAACCACUUCUCCAUCC